AUGGCCGGGCCUUCCUCGCAUCUCGCGAUACGAAACUACGGACCGAAUGUGACAUACAUAUAUGAAUAUUCCAGAGGGCUGAAUGGCGUUAAUGUCCCCCUCGAUGUACUCAUUGCGCGGAUCAUCUACUCCUCAGUCAUUGUCCUGGCUUUCAUUAUAUUCAGCGGCCGGAUCGCUCAGAUAAGCCAUGCAUAUCUUCGCCAGAUUACCUCUGUCUCCUCCAGUCGAAGACAACAAACGUACUGGAGCCAAGAACAAUCCAAAUGGUGGCCCUGGCUGAAGAAAAACGUCCUAUACGCCCCUCUGGGCAGGAAAAGACAUAACCGAGAGGUCCAGUUGUCUUCCGCGGUAGGAAUAGGCACUCUUCCAUCUCGGUUUCAGACCAUACUAGUCUCCUUGUAUCUUACAAGUCAGGUUGUGUAUUGCCUGUUUCUAGACUACAAGGUCAACGAAAAGCAGGCGCUGAUAGCAGAACUGCGCGGACGGUCGGGUACUCUGGCAGUUUUCAACAUGGUGCCGCUUUUUCUCCUGGCGAGUCGCAAUAAUCCCCUCAUAUCUAUUUUACAUAUUAGUUUCGACACAUACAAUCUUCUUCACCGAUGGUUGGGCCGCAUUGUUGUAUUAGAAACCGUCACCCAUACCACAGCCUGGGCAGUCAACGCCUGCGCCGAGCAAAACUUCACCGAUAUGCUCGCACGUUUGAGAGAUACGCCUUUCUUUUCCUGGGGUCUACUAGGCACCUGCUCAAUGGUAGCUCUGUCCUUGCACUCGCCCUCGCCAAUUCGGCAUGCCUUCUACGAGACCUUCCUUCAUCUCCACCAACUAUUCGCAUUAUUAGCAUUCAUCGGCGUAUACCUCCAUUUAGACCUGGAUAAUCUCCCCCAAAAACCCUGGAUUCAUGCCGUCGCCGCAAUCUGGCUCAUCGAACGCACCACACGACUUAUUCGCCUUGCAUACCUGAACCUCUCCCCCAAACACGGCUGUACCCGAAUGACCAUCCAAGCUCUCGAAGGAGAAGCAUGCCGAGUCACCUUUCACCUCCCCAAAUCCGUCGACAUACAGCCAGGGUGUCACGUUUUUGCCUACAUCCCCAGCGUAUCAUGGUGGAUGUCCCACCCAUUCUCAAUUGCAUGGGCCGAGCCCCGGAACACACAAUCCCAAAUCGACUCCAAAUCUAACAACCCGCCCCUCACCCCCUCCUCUCUCGAAAAACAAGGCUUCAACUUCUACCCGGACAACCUCCAAGAUAACCGUCCCCAACCAACAGAGGUCUCUCUUAUAAUCAGCGCCCGCCAAGGCAUGACCCGCCGCCUCUACGACCUAGCCCUAUCAAAACCAAAUCGCACCUUCACCGGACCAGGCUUCAUCGAAGGCCCAUACGGUUCACACCCCGCAAACCCCAAAAGCUACGGCACGACGGUCCUCUUCUCAGCCGGUGCAGGAAUAACACACCAUCUCCUCUAUACGCGAGAGCUUGUUCUUCGCGCCGCAGCCGAAACAGCAGCUACCCGCCGCGUCUACCUUAUCUGGUCCAUAAGAUCUACAGACCAUCUUGCAUGGGUAACCAAAUGGAUGGACCAGAUAUUGAAGUUGCCCAUGCGUCGCGAUAUCCUCGUUAUCAAGCUAUUUGUCUCCAAGCCUCGGCGUGCAGCCGAUAUAGUCUCUCCGUCUAAGACGGUGCAGAUGUAUUCAGGACGAUGCAGACCUGAUGUUGUCCUUGAUGAGGUUUUGCCGGAGAGGGUGGGUGCAACGCUUGUUUCGGUUUGUGGGCCUGGGGCAUUUGCGGAUGAGGUUCGAAUGGCGAGUAGGGAGAGGAUUGGAAGGGGGGCUGUUGUUGAUUUUGUGGAGGAGGCUUUUACGUGGUAG